AUGACAUCCCCCAAGGUGGCCCUUUCGCCCGAUGCGGUGGCUCUCAAGCCUCAUGAUCUCUCGACUUCCCCUCCUCCACCUGGCUCCCCAAUGCCACCCAUGGCGUCGCUCUCCUCCUCCCAACCCUCACCACCGGCGGAAGUGGAGGCCACCUUGAGCAAAUUAACAUCUCACAGAAACGUGACUGGCUGCUUGGUCCUUUCGAGACCCGACGCUUUGGUCAUCAGAGCCGGCGGCAAAGAUUUCGACCCCAGUGGACCAGGGGCUGUAGAGAGGGCAGACAGACUCAGAAAGGUUACGAGGAUGGCCAGGAAUGUGACGGCCUGUCUGGACAAGGAGAUUGCAGAGACCGAGGAAGGUGACGAGUUAGGAUUCUUACGCAUCAGGACGGGCCGCUACGAGAUGAUGAUCUCACCCAGCGAAAAGUACUUGCUGGUGGUGUUGCAGGACCCGACUUUGGCUCCUUGA